AUGACCAUCGAAGUUGGACAGACCAUCCCCGACGCAGAGCUCGGCUACGUCCCGUACACGGACGAGCUCGAGGACCCGAGUGUCUGCGGUCUUCCCUCCAAGAUCCACACCCACAAGGACUGGAAGGGCAAGAAGGUCGUCAUCUUCGGCAUCCCAGGCUCCUUCACCAAGACUUGCUCGGAGAACCACCUACCUCCCUACGUCACCGCGUACGACCAGUUCAAGUCCAAGGGCGUCGACGCGAUCUACUGCAUCGCCACGAACGACAUGUUCGUUCAGUCCGCCUUCGGCCGCGUCCACAAGACGGGCGACAAAGUCAUCUGCAUCUCGGACGCCUCGAUGUCGUUCCUCCGCCCCGCCGGGCUCAUUCAGGACCUCUCGCACGUCGGCUUCGGCGAGCGCGCCAAGCGCUUCGCGCUCGUCGUCGACGAUCUCAAGGUCACGUAUGUUGGGGAGGAGACCGGACCGGGAGUUGGACCGUCGGGCGCCGAGGCGGUUUUGGCGAAGCUUUGA